AUGUCCGCCGUGUACGAUACCCUCGCUGUGAUCCGGCCGCCGCGCGCAGAGUACGAGCCCGAGGCGCUCGGGCCGGCAGAGUUUUCCUACGCCGGUGUGAGCGUCGUGCGGCACGACGUCGAGCUCGUGAACAAGCGGGGACUGCGCCUCUGCGCCUCGCUUUGGCAGCGGCGCGACGCGGUCGGUACACACGGGUGGCCCGCCUGUGUCUACCUCCACGGCAACGCAAGUUGUCGCACGGAGGCGACUCUGGUGGCGAGCGAGGUGCUGCAGCGCGGCGCGGCGCUGUUCGCGUUUGACUUUGCAGGCUGCGGCCUCUCGGACGGCGACUACAUCACGCUCGGCCACUUCGAGAAGGACGACGUCGAAGCUGCCGUCACGUGGCUCCGCACCGUCGCGGGCGCGGGGGCCGUCGCGCUCUGGGGGCGCAGCAUGGGCGCGACGUCUGCGCUGCUGCACGCGGCGAGGGACGGCUCGCUCGCCGGGCUGAUCUGCGACUCGCCCUUCUCGAGCGUCGAGGCUGUCUCCCUUGAGACGUGGCGCCGCGAGCGGAGGGCCAUCCUCCCCUCGCCCCUCCUUAGGCUCGCGAAGCUCGCCCUCGCCGCCGUCGCGCACUUCGUGCACAAGCGCACCGGGUUCGAUAUGUACAAGUGCCGCCCUGCCUGCACGGCGCCGCUCCUCAUCGCGACGGCCACCGCGGACACCGUCGUCCGGCCUCACCAUUCGGAGGCCAUCUACGCCGCCUACGCCGCGCACCGGGGCUUGCACUUUGAAAGCCGUGGGGCUCCUGGCUUUGGACGAAGAGGGGGUCGCCGGGAGCUUGUCGCGCCCCACUCGGAAAAGGGCGAGCUCUUCACCGCCAUCGACCGGAUCUCGUAA